ACGAGUGAACACGUCGUAUCGUGUUAGUGCGGUGAAAAUUCGAGUAUUUCGCGAGAAAGAAAGGAUUUUCAUCCGUACUUCGGUGACUCCACGUUGUCACAUAGCGAGGGUUUCACUUGAAGUCCAGUGAAAAGAAAGUCCAUUGGACUAUAAACGAAAGCUAACUGGCAAUAUAGCUAAAUCGCUGUGCCAUCAAUCGGCGUCAUCUCAAGUGAGGUGACGCCACCAGAAGUGAAGAAGAAGAAGAAGUGUCACUAUAAGGACGGCUAAAACCACUCACGGUCCAUCUUGACUGGUUUUGUUUUUAUAAAUAAUGGAAGAACAAUGCAGAACCUGCAUGGUGGAUAUUGGUCAUCAAGAUGGAUCAAAAUCAGUAUUUAGUGAUACACCAGAAGGACAUACAAUUGCUUCUUUGCUUCUGAAAUAUUGCUGCCUGAGUAUUUCAGAACACGACCAACUUCCGAAACAUGUCUGUGAUCGUUGUGUGGAAGAACUACUGGCGUUUACGAAUUUCCACCGUCAAUGUGAACUUUCUGAACAAACUUUUCGGGACAUCGGUGGAACCAUGAACAAUGACGUAGCCGUGGGUGAUAUUGACGUCCUAGAUCAAAAAUCUGCAGCCGAUGAACAAGAAAUCGAAGACGACAUCCAGAUCACGGGAAACAGCCAACAAUCCGUCAAUACGGACACACAAAUUGAUUUUCCAAUUGUCGAAGCACUAGAGGAAAACUUGACCACAGAAAAUAAUCAAAACCUAGAUCAACUGAUUGAUCAUAAUGGAGAUGAUAUACAAUUGUGCUAUAAUGUAGUCGAAAUGAUGAGUUUCCGAUGUUGCGUAUGUUCGAGCAUCUUCUACAGUCAAGAGGAUCAUCAGGAGCAUGUUGAGUUGGUGCAUGAAAUUACGUUCCCACGAGAUGCUUCAGAUGCUAGGACACAGCCUGAAUGCUUCAUAUGCCAACAAGUGUAUGCUACUUUAGAGGAUCUAGAAUUGCACCAGGGGACCAGCUUUAUGGAACUGUUUCAAUGCAAUCAUUGCGAUAACAUUUAUGAAACCGUCGACAAUGUCAUACAGCAUUACGAGCAAACGCAUCAGCUUGGGCCGACAAAUAAUAGUGAACACAGUUCUUGUUCCGUCGAAGAACGAACCGUCGAGAAACCAAUGCCGAGAAAAAACAGCUCAAAUACUAGCACAUCAUCGGGACGCUACUGCUGUGUAACACAUUGCCACGCAAAUUUUUCGAAUGAGAAACACUUAGUUGAACAUGCCCAGCAGAAACAUGCGGUGAAACUGAAGUAUAACCAAGAGAAAAACACUCCAAAUAAACCAUUUGUUUGCAGCGUUUGCUUUCGCUCGUUUGGCUCUAUAAAGAAUCUCAAAGUCCACCAGUUUGUUCGUGCCAACGUCGUUCGUGGAAAGCAUUUUUUGUGUAGCCAUUGUUCAUUCCGUACAGGUAGUCGUAAUCUGCUAACCAUCCAUGAACGAUCGAAACACAGUGGAGAACGACCAUUUGAAUGUUGUUAUUGUGACAAACGAUUUUUCAGUGAGCUACAUCUGAAAAAUCAUAUGAUAUGCCAUUCAUCGGAGCGUCCCUUUGAAUGUUCAAUCUGCCAGAAAAGUUUUAACAGGAAACGAAAUAUGGAAGAACACAUUCGUUCAUGUCACUCCGAGGAUAAACCGUUCAAAUGUGAGUUAUGUACGGCUCGAUUUAAAGUACCCCAGCAUCUACGUAUUCAUACCAGGAUCCACUCCGGGGAGAAACCGUAUAAAUGUUCCUAUUGCGAUAACAGCUAUUACCACAUAACCGAUUGCAAAAGGCAUGAAAUGGUGCACACCGGUGAAAAACCGUACAAAUGUGACAAUUGUGAGGCGGCUUUUACCAGGAAGCGAACGUUGAAAAUUCACGAAAGAACUCAUUCAGGGGAGCGACCUUACUGCUGCGUAAUUUGUGGGAAAGGGUUCUGCCAGAAUGCCACACUCAAAAAACAUAUGCAUCGUCACGAACGUAUCGGCGAUGACGCUACUGAAGCGGUAGAAAUGCUCGCCGAUUACGAUUAAUCAUAUUUUCCAAAUUCAAGAAAUUACAUAUAUUUCAAAGAGAAUAAAAGGUGAUUUUUUUGAGGUUAGGAUUUUCAUGCAUUAUUAUUUGCUCAGUAUGCUCUGACAUUUCAUCAUGAAUAGACUUACUAACGAGCAACGCUUGCAAAUCAGUGAAUGGGCCCUAGAAAAGUUGGCAGAAAAUCCGCUUUUUUAUCGACAAAUUUUGUUCAGCGAUGAGGCUCAUUUCUGGUUGAAUGGCUACGUAAAUAAGCAAAAUUGCCGCAUUUGGAGUGAAGAGCAACCAGAAGCCGUUCAAGAACUGCCCAUGCAUCCCGAAAAAUGCACUGUUUGGUGUGGUUUGUACGCUGGUGGAAUCAUUGGACCGUAUUUUUUCAAAGAUGCUGUUGGACGCAACGUUACAGUGAAUGGCGAUCGCUAUCGUUCGAUGCUAACAAACUUUUUGUUGCCAAAAAUGGAAGAACUGAACUUGGUUGACAUGUGGUUUCAACAAGAUGGCGCUACAUGCCACACAGCUCGCGAUUCUAUGGCCAUUUUGAGGGAAAACUUCGGAGAACAAUUCAUCUCAAGAAAUGGACCGGUAAGUUGGCCACCAAGAUCAUGCGAUUUGACGCCUUUAGACUAUUUUUUGUGGGGCUACGUCAAGUCUAAAGUCUACAGAAAUAAGCCAGUAACUAUUCCAGCUUUGGAAGACAACAUUUCCGAAGAAAUUCGGGCUAUUCCGGCCGAAAUGCUCGAAAAAGUUGCCCAAAAUUGGACUUUCC